GCACAUGCGUACCACGUCAUGGAGAAAAAGUUGUAAAAUUUGACAUUAUUUUAUCUUACUUGACAGUUUCUUCGCCUAGACAGAGAAUAAAUGGCUUGGUAAAUAUUCUAUUACCUAUCUUAAUAAGAAGAGGCCAAGAUGGCACCACCCAAUGCCAUCUAUAUUGUACAUGGGGAGAUCUCUCUCCUUGUGACAGCAAUGAGGAGAAAUUCACGCUGGAAUACACAUAGUCACCAGGAGGAAGAGCAGGACCCUUUAGUGAACAGCUUCUAUCAGCUCAGAGACGUCCUUCACACUAUAUCAGAUCUUGGAGAGUUGGAGCUGAAUGUGUAUUUGGGACCAUUUCUUGAAGUGAUUCGGUCUGAAGACACAACUGGACCAAUCACGGGUCUUGCAUUGUCUUCUGUGAACAAGUUUUUGUCAUAUGGCCUUGUGGAUCCAAGUUGCGUCACUGCUGCUAGUGCUAUUGAAAACAUUGCUGAUGCUGUGACUCAUGCAAGGUUUGUUGGAACAGAUCCUGGCAGUGAUGAAGUCGUUCUCAUGAAAAUAUUGCAUGUGUUAAGGACUCUUAUGCUAAGUACUGCUGGAGGACAGUUAACUAAUGAGUCUGUGUGUGAAAUAAUGCAGUCCUGCUUUAGAAUAUGCUUUGAGAUGAGACUCAGUGAAUUGCUAAGGAAGUCAGCUGAGCAUACAUUGAUGGAUAUGGUCCAGUUGUUGUUCUCAAGGUUGCCACAGUUCAAGGAGGAUCUUAAAUGGAUGGCCAGUAAAAAGCUUAAAAUGCGAGCUGGGGGAAUGGAUCCCUCGAGAACUGGGCGCAAGAAAAAAUCUGGUAAAACUUCCAAAACCCACAAAAAGGGGGCAGCAGUGGCUCUACAAGAGGAGUCAAGGUUGAGCACACAGACAGAGGCACAGGAGCCCAUGGAAGAGGUUGACUCUACCCAGGUUCCUGAUGCACCCGAGGUCAUACCCAGGGAUCCCACACCCCCAGAUGUUAUUCCUCAGACCCCUGGUGACCAUAAUAAUGGGAGCACUAUAGCUACCACACCUGUUGCACCAGGACGCACAAUGGUUGAUAUUCAUGAUAGUUUUAGACAAGGAGACACUGAAGACCUUGACCAGUCAUCUACAGCUGCACCUGACACAUCUACUCAAUGUGACACAUCUACUCAUCAUGUUGACACUUCUACUCAAGAUGUUGACACUUCUACACAGCCUGUUGACGCCUCCAUACAAAAAGACAAGAUUGAAGAGGAUAAUGAUGCAACAGAUGCAACCAGCAGAUUGGCUGUCCCUGAUAUUCAUGAUACUAAAAAAAUUUUGAAUGAUUCUGAUUGUCCCAUUAGUGAGCAUGAGGAUGAUGGUUCUGUACACUCGGCUACUGAGCAGUCUGAUGCAGCGUCAGUACAGGACUCCGAGUAUGUCAACCCUAGAGGCAUUCGCUUCACUGCACAUCAGCAGCAUGCAAAAGAAGGUGUUGCUGGACCUUUGGUACCAUAUGGCCUUCCCUGUGUACGAGAGCUAUUCCGAUUCCUUAUAUCAUUAACAAAUCCCCUAGACCGCCACAACACUGAUGUUAUGAUCCACAUGGGACUCAGUCUGUUGGCCGGUGCUCUGGAGUCGGGCGCAGAUAACAUCACCACCUAUAAUUCACUUCUUGUACUAGUCAAGGAUGAAAUGACCAAAAAUCUCUUUUCUCUCUUGCAGUCUGAGAGACUCUCGCUAUUUGCUGCGUCUCUCCGUGUUUGUUUCCUUCUAUUUGAAUCGAUGAGGAGUCAACUCAAGUUGCAGAUGGAGAUGUACUUGAACAAGCUGAUGGAGAUCAUAGCCUCUGAGUCAAUUCGUAUAUCUUAUGAGCAAAGAGAGUUAACAUUAGAGGCAAUGGUACAGCUGUUUAAGAUUCCUGGCCUAGUGACGGAGAUUUAUCUCAACUAUGACUGUGAUCUUUAUUGUUCCUUUCUCUUUGAAGACCUCACAAAGUUAUUGUCUAAGAAUGCAUUCCCAGUGUCUGGGUUGUUUAGUACACAUCUGUUGUGUUUAGAUGCUCUUCUCACAGUUGUGGACAGCAUAGAGCAACAUUGUCACAGUCGCAUCCUAAACACACCUUCAGGACAUGACCCUCAGAAGCCAGUUGGCGCAAUUGAUGACAGUAGUGAUGAUGUCACAAUUGAACAACCGGCAAUUGCAGUAUCAGGUUUUAUAGCCUCCCAGCAUCACAAGGCAGUAGCAGUAGAUGAAGAUGUGGACAAGAGCAAAACAGAUGAAAAGAAAACUCCAUUCAUUCGACCAAAUAGGAUGAAGAUAUCACAGAAGAUUCCCACUGAAGAAGAGUUACUAGCAAUCAAACACAAAAAGAAGCUUAUCCAAAGUGGGGCAGACCAGUUCAAUGUGAAACCUUCUAAGGGAAUCCAGUUCCUCCAGGACCAUGGUUUAUUCUCAACUCCUCUUCAGCCAAAUGAAAUUGUGCAAUUUUUAAAGGAGAACCCAACACUUGAUAAAAAACAAAUUGGGGAAUACCUGUCUCGGAAGAAUAAUGUUGAUGUUUUAAAGGCAUUUGUAAAGUCAUUUCAUUUUGAGGAUCUGCGAGUAGAUGAGUCACUCCGGCAGUACUUAGAAACAUUCCGUUUGCCUGGGGAGGCUCCUGUAAUUAGUUACCUCAUUGAACAUUUUGCUGAACAUUGGCAUCAAUCCAACCCUGGGACUCACAUUGUGGAUCCAGAUGCAGCAUUCACAUUGACCUAUGCUAUCAUUAUGCUCAAUGUGGACCAGCACAAUCAUAAUGUCAAGAAACAAAGUGUCCCUAUGACUGUCAAAGAAUUCAAGACAAAUGUGAGAAAGGUUAAUGGAGGAAAUGACUUUGAUCAAGACAUGUUAGAAGAGAUCUAUACGCAUAUCAAGAAUGACGAGAUUGUGAUGCCAGCAGAGCAGACUGGGCUAGUACGUGACAACUAUCAGUGGAAGGUGUUACUGAAGCGAGGUGCCACCAAGGAAGGUAUAUUCCUACAUGUCCCCACAGGAGCAUUCGACCACGAUCUCUUCCAUUUGAUAUGGGGCCCGACAGUAGCAGCUCUUUCAUUUGUGUUCGAUAAAAGUUUAGAUGAUACAAUUAUACAAAAAGCCAUCUCAGGCUUCAGGAAAUGUGCAAUGAUAUCAGCUCACUAUGGACUGAGUGACGUAUUUGACAAUCUGGUCAUAUCUCUAUGUAAAUUCACAACACUGCUAAGUACACCAGAGUCACCUGAACAUUUGCCAAUCACAUUUGGUACAAACCUGAAAGCCCAGCUUGCAGCCAAGACAGUGUUUGCCCUGGCACACAGACAUGGGGACAUUCUGAGAGAAGGCUGGAAGAAUAUACUGGAAUGUAUGCUACAGCUCUACAAGGCUAAACUUCUUCCUAAACUCCUGGUUGAGGUGGAGGACUUCCUUGCAGGGAGACUGUCCCUUGUGAAGGAGGACAGCUCAGCAUCACAGAGAGCUGAUAGUGGUGUCCUUAGCUCAUUCUACUCCUACUUUACUACUGACACACCCAGUAGUAGAGGCCCCAGUCCUGAGGACCAGGAGCUGAUCAAGCAAGCACACAACUGUAUAAGAGAGUGUCAUUUAGAACAACUCAUCACAGACUGCAAGUUCCUACGUAUAGAUUCCUUACAGGAACUUAUCAAAGCUUUGAUAUUUGCUGGCCAGGGAGGAGACAAUACAGAUGGUAUUGAUGAGGAUUCUGCAGUAUUCUUUCUUGAGCUUCUCAUUAGGGUGGUGCUACAGAACAGAGAUCGAUGUGCCCCAAUAUGGCAGUCCAUCCGGGACCAUGUGUACAAUCUCAUAGUGACCCCUAGUGAGCAUACAAUGCUGGUAGAGAGGGCUGUAGUGGGGCUACUACGUCUUGCCAUCAGGUUGCUACGGAGAGAAGAAAUUGCACCCCAGGUGCUGACAUCUAUACGAAUUUUACUCAUGAUGAAGCCAAAAGUCAUUCACGGAGUCUCAAGACAAAUUGCAUUUGGUUUACAUGAACUUUUACGGACUAAUGCAGCUAAUAUCCACUCAGCUCAAGAUUGGUUUACAUUAUUUUCUCUACUUGAGAUCUGUGGGGCAGGGAGCAACCCCCCUGCUAUGAUGUCUGUGGGUGGGUCUGUAAAUCCUGAGGGGGUGGUACCAGAGGCUGUCACCCCCGUAGCGCAAAGGACUCCUGAACACACAGAUAAUGGAGAGGGUGCCCAGAGUGAUAGUGAGUUGACUGUGACAUCACAGAGCAGUGGGGGAGACAGAGGCUACACUAGUGACAGCGAGCUCUAUGAGGGAAAGCAACAUAGAGGCAGCACUGAGCUGGAACUCAGGCCUAUGUUGAGAGAUGGCAGCUGGUUACUGGUGAACAAGUCUGACCUUGAGGCAAAUAACAAGCAACGAGAACAACAACAACAACAACAACAACAAACAUCUGGCAACAACUCCAACCUGUUUAGUAUUGACAUUACAACUGAUGAAAUCAAAAACCAUGAUCCCAAGUCUCUGAUGAA